AUGAACGACGAUAAAACGUCAGCAGCGAUGUAUAAGAAGACUUUUUGUGGGUAUGCGUUAGAAAAGGCUUUUGACCAGUUCCAAACAAAUGAAACGUCAGCAUCCCUCUCGUCUGAUCUCAAGGAAGCGUUCUUUCAAGAAUUUUACAGGGCUAUGAUGGAAACAUUCCAACACGUGCAGACGACGACACACAUGAAAGGUGCCGGGUCAUACCGCUCGAUUGACGGGAAUAUGUGGGAAUUUCUGAUUAAAAAGCCCGAGAUCAAAACGGACAGUGAUAAUCUGCAACCCGAACUUUUGCAGAUUUACUCUGCAAUUCACCCCGACUCAAAAAAGAAGAAGAAAGGAAAAAAGUGA